GCUUUACCGUGCAGCUAUAAAUACACCAAGCUGGAAGCAGACUUAGGUCUCAGCAUAGUAAUUCUAGUCUCUUCCUUUGAAACAAACCCAAAAAAAAAAAAAAAAUCGUAAUUCUGUUCUUCUAUUCCUCCCCUCCGAAAAUCUGGGUUUCUCUUCUCUUUGUCAGGUUUCUCUGUUUUUAUUAUUAUUUCACUUUCCUUUUGGUUCUACAAGGAAAAGGGACAGUUUUUAGCACCCCUGUUUCCUUCUGAACUUUUCCUCCUAUACCUGUGUCGUCUGUUUUGAUUUAGACCACUACGAAUCAAGGAAAAGAUGCAAGAAAUUAACCAUCCUUUUAGAUUCAACAAUGAUGCCGAAAUUGGGUCUUCGCUAUCACAGCUCAUACUGUCAGGAGGCUCAAAUACCUUAGAUUCAAUCUUCUCUCAUUGCGCACCAUCAACGACAACAUCAACAGCCAUUACCACCAACUCUGUUUGCGAGCCAUUAGGCUCUUCAGUCUAUCUCCACCAGAGAGACCUCCUUCAAAAAUUCUGCCAGGAAAACAAAGGAAACGCUUCAUUAUCGCGCAACUCGCUAACGAAUCAGCUUCAAAACUACGGAAACACUGCAUCAAGGAGCAACUACUUGAGUCCGCAAAAGAAGAAGCUAUACAGGGGCGUGAGGCAGAGACACUGGGGAAAAUGGGUAGCCGAAAUCCGACUCCCACAAAACAGAAUGCGAGUCUGGUUAGGCACUUAUGAAACAGCCGAAGCUGCAGCGUAUGCCUAUGAUCGUGCCGCGUAUAAGCUUAGAGGGGAAUAUGCAAGGUUGAAUUUCCCAAAUCUGAAGGACCCAAGUAAGUUGGGGUCUGUAGAUUGUGCUAGGUUGAAUGCUCUGAAGAAUACGGUAGAUGCUAAGAUUCAAGCCAUUUGUCAAAAGGUGAAAAGAGAGAGAGCUAAAAAGAAUGCCAAGAAGGGCAACUCUGAUAGUCCUGCUGCUUCUUCUGGACCUGAAAAGGAAGUGAAGGUAACAGAAUCAUAUUCAUCGUUAUCCCCAGCGGUUUUCAGUGACAAUUUAAGCAACGAAUUGCUGUCACCAACUCCGUCGGAAGAUGGAUUUUGGAGAUGUGAGAAUUCACCAUCGGCUGUUUCGAAUGAUUAUCCAAUAACGGUAGCAAAGGAGCCACAAUUUGAGGAGUGUUUGCUAGCAAGAAUGCCAUCUUUUGAUGCCGAAUUGAUAUGGGAGAUUCUUGCUAAUUAGAAUUACAACUUUCUCAUACAUUUUUCUCAAAAUGAAAACUUUUCAGCAGACAGCUGUUAAAAAAUUGAGAAAGAUUUCUCCUCUCUUUUUGGUUAAAAGUCUUAAUGGAAGUUUUUAUUGGCGUUUUUUUAGAAAUGAAUUGAUGUUCUGCUGUUUAAUGUUUGGCCUUUGUUUUUGAGGUACUGUCAGUUUGGCCUUCGUUUUUGUAUGAAGGCUAUAGCAGUUAUGAAUGUUCUCCUUUUUUUCCCUGGCUGUGGAAGCACUACUUUCACUAGACAAAGGUGUUGUGUAAUUGUAAUUAUGUGGGACCUUGAGGUGGUGAUCAGGGUAUUUGAGUAAUUAAACGAAAAUUAAGUACUUAAAAUAUCCUUAUUUCUUAUCAUGGUUUCUUCCAAAAUCGGAAAGCCUCAUUUACUGCACGUAUUUCAUUACCCAUGACAGGGGGUUUAAAUCAAGCAGGUGAAUUUGAGCGAGCGUGGAACAAAACUUAUUGGGGAAAGUAGCUAAAAGCAUCGAUUUGGUUCUCUAUCCAAUGUAAUGGAAAAAUAAAGAGGAAGAAAGGGCAAAAGAUUGUAGUGAAAACAGCCACGUCUCCUAGUUUAUCUAUCAUGCUCUUCUUCGAUGGUGAGAAAGCUGGGAAAAAAGAUUGUGGUCCUCAUCACACUUCUGUCUACGCGUAUAUGAGAUUUAAAGAUGCCUGUUCAGAUCAGACGUAUUUCACUUAUUAUUUUUUUAUUACAAUAUUUUAAAAUUGUAUAAUACAUGGCUUAUAAAUAUGAACUCUAUACAUAU